GACGCCGUACGAUGCAACCGAUGCGUAAUGGUAGAAGUCAGUGGGUACUACUGCCCUAACUGUCUAUUUGAAGUGCCGAGUGCGAGUGUUAGGGCGGAGAAGAACCGCUGUGCUCGAAAUUGUUUCCUAUGUCCAAACUGCCGAAACACGCUCUCUGUGGUCCCCUCUGACCCGCCAGAUACGGGAGAUGCCCGCAUGCAUACGAUACCGAUACCAACCAAUGCAGUCGGAGAGCCGCCAUUCUUCCUUUAUUGCAACCACUGCAGAUGGGAUUCUGCCGAAGUAGGCAUCACCUUCGAAAAGCCAACCGGCCUAGCAGCGCAGCUCCAGCGAUUCGAAGAUUCCGCGCCCGAGUUCCUCGAGUUUGAGCGCCUGAAGGAACACUUUGAGCCAUUCCUACGUGCAUCAUCGUCUCCCUCCGUCAUCUCUGCCGUCCAUUCGCACCACAUUCACACGAAUUCCAUUACAGCCGCCGCCUCUGCCGCGCUCGCGCGCGACGUGCCCGGCGUGGGCAAGUACAGCCCGCUGACGCGCAGCCGCGUCGGGCGUGAGCGCACCGCGGGCAAGGACGAGAUGCCCGAGUAUAAGAGCCGCGUGGAGAUCUCCUCGGUGAGCGGGCUGGGAGCCGCGGGCGAGCCCGACGUUGAGUUCGUGAAGCACCUGGAGAAUAUCGAGGAGGUGGCGGUGCUGGAGCAGCGGUGGAUGAACAGCUGGGCGACGUCGAUCGAGGCCAGUUCCCUUAAACCACUGCGCAUCCCGCUGCUGUCGAAGAAGACGAAGCGCUGUCCCAGCUGCCGACACAUCCUGAUCAAACCGGAGCAGAAGGCACAGUCGGUGCGGUACAAAAUCAAACUCGUCGCCGCGAACUAUCUGCCGGAUAUCACAGUGGCUCUACCGAAAGCACCCGGGUCUGAGCCCGCGAAGCGGCCUUCGAAUCUCAAGUCCUCGACUACAGGUACGGAGCCGGAGAAGGGUCCAGACGGCAUGAUGGCGGGGAAGACCUACCCUUUCCACCUCGCGUUCACGAAUCCACUGUACGACCCCAUCCAAGUGCGGCUGUCCGUGCAGAGGCAGCAGCAGCCUGCUGGGCCUGACGGGGCGCCCGCGCGCCGUCCACCAUUCGCGGUGUCCCUGCCAUCGUCGACGAUCCCCGUUGCGGCGUUCUCAGAGGCCUGGGAGUACGACGAAGACGAGGAUGAGGAGAUGUUUGGGCUGGAGGACGAGGAGAUGGAUGAUGUGGAUGUGAGAGGAGCCGGCAGGGAGGGGAAGAGCAGGACGAAGACGGUGGGCGUGCUCGAGAAGCGCGCGAAUGUAACUGUCGUCGGCGGGGAAGUGGUCAUUUCGAAGGAGGCUACUGGCAGCGUCAAGUUCAACAUGCUAGUCUCGUAUACGUACCGCUCGGACGAUCCCGUCGGCGAGGACAGCGGGGGCACGCCGUCAAGGAGCCACGGCAAGCCUGAGAUGAAGACGUUCUCGUUUUCGACCGUCGUGGAUCUCGGGCCUGUGAUCCCCCGGGAGGAGACCAGAAUGGAGUUGGACCUAUGAUGUGAUUUCGUGGUAUAUUUUAUUCUAACUGCGGUAUAUGCAUUACCACACUCGAGGAUUUAAUUUCAUAGAGCUCUUAUUGGCG